AAGUGCAAGUUCAUGCAAGGUUUGAUGUUGUUUUAUAGUAUUACUUCAUUUUGCACUUUGAUUAUGAUCCAAUAUUAUUUUUUGUAAUUUGAUGUGUCAAGCAAGAUCAUUGUUUUUUAUGCAUGUGACUCUUUUAAUUUUUGUUGUUUGCCUCUGCCUUUGACAGAAAAAUGUCCCCCUUGGUGAUCAAUAAACUGAAUCAUCUCAUCUCAUCACCUCCUUGAUGGCCUUCUGCAGGAGACCAUGAAUAACAUUAAUGUUAGAUGUAGAUGAGUGUGCCUACAGGUAGCCAAUAUUUAGAUCUGAUUAUCCGGCAUCAUAAGUGGAAUGAACUGAUGGAUGGAUGCACUGAAAUAACUGAGAGAGGGAGGUUUGAUUAUUUAUUGCUUAUUUAUUCGCGUUCGUUCCUCAGCCGCAACAUACUUGUCAACCUGAGCCACAGCGACCCUCAACGGUCAAUACCUGUUACUGAAAGCGGCCGAGCAGCCAGACCUGUUGUGCUUCCCGGACACCGUAGAUUCACGGAAGUCAUCUAAAAAGACUUUGAACAUGGAAGACGAGUGGGAAGAGGAGGAACAGCUAGUUGUGGUGGAGCUCUCUGGUAUAAUCAACAGUGAUUAUUUGUCGAAGUGUGCAUAUAAGAUACUGGAUAUUGACAGCGACAAACCCAUUAUGCAAGUUGGUCAACAUAUGUUUGCCGGGGAAUAUGAAGACGCCCUAGGAACUUGUGUGCUGUUCGAGGAGGGAGCACCGAGAGGAAAGACAGAGAGCAGUCCAGUUGUCAAGUACAUGUGCCACACAGUGAAGAAACUAAUGAUGCAGAGGAUUUUUCUUACUGAGAAGAAAGAGAGUGAAUCCGACAUAGGUGAUGGUAAGGAACAAGACACAACCUGUCUGUCAAGUCGAGAAGACAAUGUCAACCAAACAGGACAGGAGGUGGAAGAAGCAAAUCUGGAAGACACAGCAGCGGUUGAGAUGUGAAUGUCAUGUGACCUGUGAUUGAAGACGUGGACAUUUGUGAGGUCGUGACAGACUCUGUAACAGAACACCCAUAAAUAAUUACUGCAGCUAGGCUCAUACAACGUGUUGUCGUUCGUCUUACUAAACGAGUCACAAUCCUUUUCCUGAAACAUUGCACUCCUGUUCUGAGAUAAGUCACUGAAAGUCGUGCUUUUAUAGUUUAUCUUGCAAACCAUCUUUGAUUCACGCAGUCGUCAGUGAAAGGUGCCAGUCAUGGUUUUGCUGAGUAAAUUACUUUGCAAGUUAUAAAGUUGUAAC